CAUCGCAUUGUUUACCGGGUUUUGCUGCAUCAUCACAAAACCCGGCCAAUUCAUACUCGUUUCAAACCGGCAAUAGGAAAAUGUUAUCUCUUAUCAGUGGAAAAUGUGGCUCCUAACAUUCUUUACCGUGGCGCUUGGUGUCUCAGCCGUUUGUGCAAAUGAUUACAACUUCCUCUUCAACGCUACCAAAUUGCCGAACAAAGCGGUAACGCCUACACUAGCUAAUGGGCACCUCGGUUUCGUAGUGUACGGCGAUUCCGUCCAUCUGAACGGUGUAUACAAUGGUCUCAAAGGCGUCAGUCACCGGGCGCGCAUUCCCAACUAUGCCAACAUUCAGCUGGCCAACUGUUCCUCCCUGCAGACGCAGCCGAGGAACUGCCGCUAUCAGCUGGACAUGCGAAGUGGCAAGUUCCGGACGACGUUAGAAGAUCCGGCCGGUGGCUACCGGGUAGAGCACGAAGUCUACCCCAACCGGCAUUUCGAUCAAACGAUCGUCAACCGGAUACACCUUCGAAGGCUGAGCUCGAGCCAAACGAUCGAAAUCGAAACCCGCCAGCGGAUCGGUGUGAAAAGUGUGGAUCUGGUGGAGGAACCGCUCGAGAAGCUCACGGUAGAUGGGGAAGAAUUUCUGCUCUUGUGCGCCAAGACAAGGCAGGUGGAAGAUCCCAAAUAUCAACGGGAAGGACACACAGUUUGCGUAGCGUACAAGCAAGUGCCACGCAAACUAACCCUAACGGCGGAAGAAACGGACCGCGAGUUUCUUUUCCUUACCGUGUUUUCCCACACGAGGCAGGAGCUCGAGCAGGAACUGCGCGGUCUGAAGGCGAACGAUCACGAGCGGUUGCACCGUCUCGAGAUGGAUCGUAUGUGGGCCAAGUAUGGCAUUCGGGUGGAGGGAAAUGAUCGCUUGGAUCGUGUGAUUAAAGCAAGCGCUUUCUACCUUUCGAGCUCGCUGCCAUCGCAAACCUCCUUCCAGCCGAGCAGCUAUCCCUUCUACGGUCUUUCCCCCUCCGGGCUGGGUCGGGGAGGGAAAAAGCUGGCGGAGUACCAGGGCCACAGCUUCUGGGACACAGAAAUGUGGAUGUUUCCUCCGAUCCUGCUGCUCGAUCCGCAGAACGCACGCAAGCUCCUGCACUACCGCACGCUGGUGACGGAAGCGGCGGCAGAUUACGCGCGCCGGAACGGGUACGAAGGCUGGCAGUACGCGUGGGAGUCGGCCUACACGGGGCGUGAGGUGACGCCGGACCAUUGCCCGCAGGUGCCGGAGUAUCAGCACCACAUAACGGGCGACAUUGCGUACGCGGUACGGUUGUACUAUUAUGCGACCGGCGAUCUGGAUUGGCUGCGGUCGGACGUUUGCCGGUUGGUGUACGAAACGGCACGGUUCUGGAAGAGCCGGGUGGAUUACAAUGCGGACACGGACACGUUCGACAUUGGCCGGAUAAUGGGACCGGACGAGGACCAUCACAAUGUGACGAACAGCAUCUACACGAACGUGAUUGCGGCGCACAAUUUGUUCUUCGGUGCGUUCGUGGGCUGUCACUGUCGCGAGUCGUUGGCGGGUGUUACGGAGGACGAGUUCGCCCAGUUCCUGAGGGUUGCGAAAAGCAUCACGCUGCCGUACAACGCGCAGUACGAUGUGCAUCCGGAGUACAAGGAGUACACGUUCGGUACGCCGAUUAAGCAGGCGGACGUGGUGCUGCUUGGCUAUCCGUUGGAGUUCCCAAUGAAACAAUCAACGAAGGCAAAUAACCUUCGGCUGUACUCGAUGGUAACGCGCCCGGACGGUCCAGCCAUGACGUGGGCGAUCCACACGAUCGGCCACCUGGACCUGAACGAGCUCGACCACGCGGCGGCCAUGUUCCGCAAGAGCUACCAGCAGUACCUGCGGGCACCGUUCCACGUGUGGAGCGAAAAUGGGGACGGUGCGGACGGAGCGGGCAAUUUCAUAACCGGCGCGGGAGGAUUUCUGCAAUCGCUCAUCAACGGGUACGCUGGCGUACGGUUGCGGCAUGGCAAGCUGGUCAUUGACAACCCACGGCUACCGCCCGCCACGACGCGACUGUUCAUUCCCGAGCUAAACUUUGCGGGCGUUAAGUUUGCGCUCGACAUUGGCCAGAGCGGGUUCCGCAUCACGUUCGGUGCGGCAGCGGGCGAGUCCUUUGAGAAGCUCACGCUGCUCGUGGACGAUCUAGAGCGUGAUCUGUUCGAGGGAUGUGAAUAUACGGGAAGCAACAAUGCCGAAGUUCGGCUAAGGAACGACCAGAAGGCAGCUGAUGAUGAGCAUUCGUCCUGUACGCUCCACGACACCGUCCUUGGAAUGCGAUUGGCCGAUCAGGAUGGAAGAUUGUUGUCGACCACACAGCUGAUUGUGCUCUCACUAACGGUCGGAUUGCUCGGUGUGCUUUAUAGCAUACGCGCUGCAUUCCGCAACAAGCGUGGCCGCGGGAAAGUGUCCACAGACAAGGAAAACAUGAGCAAAAGACUUCAAAAGAAGCAGAAGAACAAAUCUGCGAAAUAAAAAAAAUGUACCUUGUAGGAAAGGUAAAUGCACUGAA